AUGUCGAAACCUAAGGUGGGAAUAAAUGGCUUCGGGCGAAUCGGCCGAUUAGUUCUGAGAGCGGCUGUAAAACAGGGAACCAUAGAUGUAGUGGCCGUCAACGAUCCUUUCAUUGACUUACCGUAUAUGGUUUAUAUGUUUAAGUAUGAUUCCACACAUGGGACGUUUGAUGGUGAAGUAUCUAUCCGUGAGAAAAAGUUGUGCAUCAAUGGGAUGAUGAUUUCCGUAUACAACGAAAGAAGUCCGGAAACUAUACCAUGGGAUAAAGAUAUGGCUGAGUAUGUCGUGGAGUCCACAGGUGUCUUCACGACCAUUGAUAAAGCUCAGGCCCAUCUAAAAAACAACCGCGCGCGAAAAGUUAUUAUAUCCGCUCCAUCUGCUGAUGCUCCAAUGUUCGUUGUUGGGGUUAAUCAUGAAAUUUACGACAAAUGUAUGAACGUUGUUUCUAAUGCCUCGUGCACGACUAAUUGCCUGGCCCCUUUGGCUAAAGUUGUGCACGAAAACUUUGGAAUUGAGGAAGGUUUAAUGACUACUGUGCACUCCUAUACAGCCACCCAAAAAGUCGUUGAUGGUCCAUCCGGAAAACUUUGGAGGGAUGGCAGAGGUGCUGCACAAAAUAUUAUACCGGCUUCCACAGGUGCUGCUAGAGCCGUCGGAAAGGUUAUUCCUGACUUGAAUGGGAAGCUUACAGGAAUGGCACUCCGCGUCCCCACACCUGAUGUCUCUGUGGUUGACCUAACGUGCAAGUUAUCAAAGCCAGCAAAAUAUGAGGAAAUAAAGGCUGCUAUUAAGGAGGCGGCUGAAGGGCCAAUGAAGGGAAUUCUGAUGUACACAGAAGACCAAGUGGUGAGUAUGGACUUUCGUGGAUGUUCAGCUUCUUCGGUAUUUGACGCUGAGGCUGGGAUUCAACUAAACGACACGUUUGUUAAGCUGAUCUCUUGGUACGAUAAUGAAUACGGAUACAGUUGUCGGGUCAUUGAUUUGAUCCUGCAUAUGUAUUCAGUGGACCACGGAUGA